UGGUUCUCGUGGAUUGACGGGCUCUUUAACAUGUAACACAGGAAGUAAACGUCUACAAUGAAGCUCCACUGAUUUUUGGCAAAUGUAUUUGUCUUGCGGAUUACAGUUAAAAAAGAUGUGGCCGCACCACACCUUCAGAUGAAGACGCUCAUCUUCUCCGCUUGGGUGGUGUUUUACGUGUCCUUUCUACUGGCAAUGCGAAAGAUGUGGUCUGGAAAGUAUGUUCGCAGUCCACUUGCUCGUUCUCUGUUAAUGAACAUGGCGACUGAGAGUGACAUUACUGGAAAUGAAGCCCAGAAGUGGUACGUUUGCUAUGCAGACAUGCUUGGAGAAAAAGUCCAGUCUGUGUUUGUGCAGAGCCACCUGGAUGAUGAGACGCAGGAUUUUCUCCGCAGGAGUGUAGAGAAAUCCAGUUGGCUUUUCACCCAGCUGUACCACUCAUUGUUCUCCACCGUCUUAAGCCCCAUUAUUUCUCGAACAUCGAUCAAUGGCUUUCUGGGACGGGGCUCCAUGUUUGUCUUUUCAAAGGACCAGUUUCGACGACUCCUCCGGAUCAGUCCCGACUGGAAAGCAGAAAGACUGUUGGAUCUGGGAGCCGGCGAUGGGGGUAUCACGGAAGUGAUGGGAUCUCAUUUUAAUCAGAUAUAUGCCACAGAAGUCUCUACACCUAUGAAAUGGCAUCUCAAAAGAAAGAAUUACAGCUUGUUAGGGAUAGAUGAAUGGCAGAGAACAGGGCUCCAGUAUGACCUGAUCAGCUGUCUGAACCUGCUGGACCGGUGUGAUGAACCAAUUAAACUACUGCAGUACAUCAAGCAAUCCCUGGUGCCUGGAACAGGGCGGCUGAUCCUUGCAGCUGUGCUGCCUUUUCAGCCUUAUGUAGAGACAGGUGGAAAUUGGGUACGACCAAAAGAGCAUAUCAAGGUCAAAGGCAAGACGUGGGAAGAGCAGGUGACACACCUGACCACAGAAGUGUUCCAGAAGAUGGGGUUUGAGGUGGAGGCGGUCACACGCUUGCCCUACUUGUGUGAGGGAGAUAUGUACAAGGAUUACUAUGUGCUGGAUGAUGCAGUAUUUGUGUUAAAACCUCAGAAUUGAAGUUUUACAUAUUUAACUCUUAUUGCAGUGCAGCAAAAUCAAUUUCUGCUUUAGAACUGAAUUAUUUUAGGUAGUCAAAUUUUAACAUUUAAAUUAAAUGAAAGGGCUUAAUUUACCAGUAAGUAUAGAUUAAUUAGGUUCAUUGUCUGUUACAUCUCAGGAAAAUUACAACUUUGAGCAACUUUUUAUGGACUGAACUGUAAUUGUACUGCAGGUGGAGUAUUAUUGGUGGGAGGUAUUUCAUGUAGUUGAAAAAGCACAAAGUAUACAAAUUAUGAGUUCUGUGAAUAUGGAGGUAUUAAGGACUCCAAAUCUCAUUACUGUGGUUAACUUGGUGACAUAUGUGCCUCUCCCUCUAAGUUUUCUGUGUUUGUACUGCCAGCCAGUAUAGACUGAAUUUCUCAUGUGACUCUGUGAAAGUUGUUUGAAACAUUUUAGGACCAAUGUAAAACAUAAUUUUUCUUAAUGUAUUAACAAUAUUCAAUAAAUGUAUGUCUGUUGUUCGACAUAAAGUGACUAAGUCAUGAAACACUAGCAGAACUAAACCAUUCUUAUGUAAAUUCAUGCAUUUAAUUCACAUGCAACAAUUUAUGAAUUAACUGAUUUAGACAGAAACUCGUUCUGCGCAUGUUUCAUCAAUGAGGUCCAAAGUGUCUGAAUAUAACAAUAUGUAGUUAAUGGUUAAUUACAUGGGUGGGUGUGAUGCUCUUUUAGUGUAGCUACUUAUUUUUCCAGUGGUGAAUAUAUUCUCCUGACAUUGAUCAAAUCAAUCACAUGGCUAAACCAUUACUGUGCAAUAAAUCUCUUUUGGU